AUGGGUGGUGCAAAUAGAGAAUCCGUAUCAGGAAUACACGCUGAUGAGAAUGGUGAUAGAGUCAUAGGAGGAUCUGUACGUGCUGAUGGGACUGUGAGGAAAACAGUUAAAGUGAGGCCUGGAUUCAUCCCGAAAGAAGAUGUGAAAAGGUAUGAUGUUCGAGAGAGAAUACGCCAGAGGCAAGAAGAAAGAGAAACUAAGAAUGAUGAAAAAGUUGAUGAAGUAAGGAAGCCAGGUGGUAGACCAAAUAGACAAUUUGGGGUGAUCAAUAACAUAUUACAAUCAAACUCAAAACCUCAACAACCCAAAAAAGAUGAAAAAGUUCAGCAUGACUCAAAUAAAUCGAAUAACGAGACCACUGAAUUAGAAUCUCCAUUUGAUAAGUUGAGCCUGGGCUCAAAAGAGUCGAGUCCACAGCCAUCAAACAAAUCAACCACAAGUACAAAAGAAUCAUCAACUUCAAAACCUAAGAAAUAUGUCCCACCAUCAAGAAGGAAAAAAUACACAUUAGCAGAUCUGGAUAAUUCUCAAUAA